AGUUGCCGAGGUUUCCAGGUGGCUGAGGAGAACGCGGCGAUUGUUAACUCGGCUCCCUUCAGGGCUCGGCCGAAGGCAGCCGAUCUAGAAGCAUCUCCGUGGAAACGCGCUUCGGUUCGCGCCAUCAUUCACGCGCCUCCUUCUUCUUCUCCCUUUUGCCCGGCAAGUGGCGGAGAAACGGAAGAGAGCUUGGACGUUCAGCGGAAACGGAAGCGCGUCCCGCCAGGGAGAUGGCGGCGCUGGUGAAAGUCGCGAUGCACUGUACUAGAGAACCUCACUGGAUUGCAUUAUGCAAUGGAUUGAUACAAACAACAUUAGCUCAACAACAAUGGGGCAGAUUGCUCCAUUCUUCUUUCCAGAGACACAACAAUGGCCAGUUUCCAUUAACCAAAGUUUGCUGUAAUUUAGUACAAAGUAUCAGGACAAUGAAACAACCAAACAGAACAUUUCAUCACACAAAGGUUUUUAGAAAUUCUGCUCAGCCAUCUGAAGAGAAAGUAGGCACUUUCACAAAGAUAAUAGAAGCAAUGGGAUUUACAGGGCCACUAAAAUAUAAAAAAUGGAAAAUUAGAAUAGCAGCACUACGCAUGUAUACAUGUUGCGUUGAGAAAAUAGACUAUGAGGAAUUCUUUAACAAAUUACAGAUCCCUGACACUUUCAACUCUUGGUUUUUAGUAGCACAGCUUCAUGUCUGGAUGUGCCUAGUACGAAUGAAGCAAGAGGGCAGAACAGGAAAAUACAUGUGUUACUAUAUAGUAUAUGCUAUGUGGGAAGAUGCUGAGCAACGUGGGAAGGUUAUGGGAGUUAAUUCUCUUAUCCUAAGAAGAAGUCUGAGAACCUUGACAGAAGUUUUCUAUGCAUCUAUUUUUGGAUAUGAUGAGGGGAUACUCUCAGAUGAUCAUGUACUUGCAGCAGCUAUCUGGAGAAAUCUGUUUGAAACACAUUGCAAGGAUCCUAGGCAGCUGGCAAUGAUGGUAGAAUAUGUGCGCAAGCAGGUGCAGCAUCUGGAUGCUAUGUCAGGAGAAGACCUGCUGCUGUCUGGGGAAGUGAAUUGGCGCCCCCUAGUGGAACCUAAUCCACAAAGCAUUGUAAAGCCUGUUUCUCCAGUAUAUAAUGAUGAAGGACUUUGAAUCCUUGGCAACCAACUUGAAAAUGUUUGCUGUUGUGUAUAGUACCUUUAUACAUGGAACAAUUUCUGGAAGCAGAAACUGAGAAUUGUUAGGAAAAAGCAUAAUAAAUGCUGUAUUGCUAUGUUAAAAAGUGAUUAAGAGUUUGUUCUUUUGUAAUUAUACAUUCUAAUAAAUCUAAAUACCAUGGUGUUUUUAGUAAUACAUAUAUAAAUAGUUGCUAUUAUUUAUUUGUGGAUUCUUUUACAAUUAUAUUAUCCGCAGGUCCUGGCAGCUCAGAAAUUUAAUCUUUUGUGGGAAAAAUAGUCUUACAUGAGAAGCAAAAUAUUUUCAUUGGAGAAAACUCAUUUGUUGAAGCUAGUAUUUGCUUUGAAAGAGGAAUCCCUACUGAAAAUUUCACCUACUUUUGUUCUAGGGCUUAUAGGAGGAGGAAAAAAGGCCAAAUUAAUUUAGCCUCAGUAAUAAUCAGAUUUUUCUUCUAGCGGAUGUGAUUUGCAUUUAAAAAAAACCUGUAUGUUCAAUGCAACUCUAAUUUUAUCAUCUACUUUGGUCCUAUUACCCAUAGCUAGAAAUUCUAGUAUCAAGGUCCAUUGUUUUGGUAUUAUUAAGGCAACUCAAAGGCUUUUUCUCUGCAGCUUAUCAAAUGUAUCUUCAUUUAGAAAUUAUCCUGAUUUGUUCAUAUAAAGCAAGUUGACACAUUAUUCCUUUUUAGAAGAGAAAUUUAUUUUUUUGUUGUCAUGGGUAGCACUAAAUAUCUUCCUGUUUCACCUUUUGGGUUUUUUUUUUUUUUUUGCUUUAAUGGAAAAGUUGAGAAAGAUAUAUUCUCGACACAUUUAACUAAAAUAUAGUUGUCUGUUUUACAUUUUAAGCAGUGCUUUAUUCCAGAAGUUUAUAGUUUGAUGUAUAUAUGUAUAUAUUACAAUUGUGUAAUAUGUGAUCAAGGUUCUGCCAAUGCUCUUCUGCUCUUAUAUGUUCUCCAAAAGCUCUUGAGUGCUAUCAUAUUUUUCUACAUGAACUGUGGGGCAAGACUUUUGAAAAUGACCAAUUCUUUCCAGAAGUUUAAGAAGUUCAAAAUAUAAUUUCAAGCAGGCAAUGCUGUUACUGGGUUAUUGCAUAUAUUUUGCUCUCUAUGAUCAUGUAAAAAGCCAAUACAGAAGACGCUUUAUUUGAGAGAAGAAAAUUAAUGGAAAUUCUACUAAAGAGCCAAUAUCUCUAACUCAAUUCAAAUGCAUAAUCUGGUCCUAUAAUAUGUAUUAUUGGAACAUCUUUGGGAAAGGUUGAUUUUUCACUAACGUUUCUGUUAAUGAAGGUAAGCAAUUAUAUUAAUCAUUUGAAUGGAAAGGAAUAUAAUCCAUUUGCAAAACUGUCUAUGCUGAAUGGGGCAAAUAUAUCAUUCUAGAUGCUCUUUUGUUGUAUAGGUCAAUUUCCUAAAACUAAACCCACUAAAUGCAACCCCAAGCAUUUAAAUUAUUAUUUUUUUUGUAAAUAAAGCUUACUCAGCUAAAUCUAUAA